UUUUCUUAAUUCUUAACUAAAAAAUUUAUCUCAGCCCUUUGUGUCCGUGGUCAUUUUGGAGCUUCUUGGAAUUAAUUCGUUCUAUUGUUAGACAAGUGUUUGGCUUGGAGAAUUGAAGUAGGUUAGGAUUGGCCAAACAUAGAUGCAUCAGUUGCAUUGGUGUUUUAUGGGUCUUUCUCAUUUGUUUACAAUAUGGAGAGGGUUAAGUUAAAGAUAAAGAGAUUAGAGAGCACUAGCAAUCAACAAGUGACCUAUUUGAGAAGAAGGAAUGGAAUCUUGAAGAAAGCUAAAGAAUUAUCCAUAUUAUAUGACAUUGACAUUGUCCUUCUCAUGUUUUCUCCAACUGGAAAGGCAACAUUAUUCCGCAGAGAGCGCAGCAACAUUGAAGAGGUUAUUACAAAAUUCGCUCAACUGACACCACAAGAAAGGACAAAAAGGAAGUUGGAGAGCCUUGAAGUAAGAUUAAUACUGCCCGUUCUCUAGUACACCAAUUCAUUCUUUCUUUCUCUGUUUUCAUUAAAUAUGAAAUGAUAAACGUAUCAUAUUCAUUCAAGCCUUUUGGUGUUCUAUUUGAGAAUA